UGCUUUUCCCCUCAAACACUCUCUUUCUUUCUCUCACUCGCUUCUCAGCUUGUAGUGCUGUAGUUCUUAUACAGCACACUUCAUAAGCCUAUAUGUCUUCUUGGAUUCCUCUUCAUCUUUUUUAACUCAAAUGGCCGCGAAUAAAGUCACAGCUCGUCAGAGCAAGAAGAGAAAAGAUUUUAUACCUUAUUUUUUAGGGUUUGUCCUGUUCUUGUAUUGCAGCGUUCAGCUUGUGUCAUUCACAGCCAAUACAACUGACUGGAGCCACACGAUAAGGGUGCGCCGUGCACUUGAGAAUGAGACAGAGUGUAUAGCACCUCACUCGUCGGAAUUCCCUGAUGGCUUCUUCACCGUGCAGGAGAGGAAGGAUGGAGGCCUCGUCAUCUACUUCUUGCUCAUUUUCUACAUGCUCUUGGCCGUUGCGAUAGUCUGUGAUGACUACUUCCUCCCAUCCUUAGAAGUCAUCAGUGAGCGUUUGGGACUGUCUCAAGAUGUCGCUGGUGCUACAUUCAUGGCCGCCGGGAGUUCUGCACCUGAGCUGGUCACAGCCUUUCUAGGUGUUUUUGUGACAAAGGGGGACAUUGGGGUCAGCACCAUAGUGGGCUCAGCUGUGUACAACCUCUUGGGCAUCUGUGCUGCAUGCGGACUUUUGGCCUCUAUGGCAGGACGUCUCACCUGCUGGCCAUUGUUCAGGGAUUGCUUGGCGUACGGCAUCAGUGUCGCCGCUGUUAUUGCCAUCAUUUCUGAUAACAAGGUGUACUGGUACGAUGCGGCCUGUCUCCUCCUGGUCUACGGAAUCUACAUUGUCGUCCUAUGCUUUGACCUCCGUAUCAGUGAGUUUGUCCUGAGGAAGAUCAGUCCUUGUUGCACCUGCCUGGGUAAAGGCUCUGGGGAGAAAAGCGAAACGAGACCCUUGAUGGGUCUCUGGCACGACGACACAAGCCUCCGAGUCCACAGCCGCUCCAGGACGGACAGUGGAAUCUUCCAGGAUGACUCUGGAUAUUCCCAUCUGUCCCUUAGCUUGCAUGGCCUCAAUGAAAUUCCCGAUGAGCAUAAAGGUGUGUUCACUGUGCCCGAGAGCGAUUUGAAACGGAUCCUCUGGGUUCUGUCCCUACCGAUCAUCGUCCUGCUUUUCCUCACCGUCCCUGACUGCAGAAGGCGGUUCUGGAAGCAAUGGUUCGUCAUCACCUUCUUCAUGUCCGCAGUCUGGAUCUCAGGUUUCACUUACAUCCUGGUUUGGAUGGUCACUGUUGUUGGUGAGACACUCGGCAUUCCCGAUACGGUAAUGGGACUCACAUUGCUUGCAGCUGGAACCAGUAUACCCGACACUGUAGCCAGUGUCAUGGUGGCCAGAGAAGGGAAAGCUGACAUGGCCAUGUCCAACAUUGUGGGCUCAAACGUGUUCGACAUGCUGUGUCUGGGUUUGCCGUGGUUCAUCCAGACUGCAUUUGUGGAUACCAACAACCCCGUGGAGGUUAACAGCACUGGGCUGGUGUUUAUAUCCUUAACGCUCUUGUUUUCCAUCGUCUUCCUCUUCGUGGCCGUCCAUGUGAAUGGGUGGAAAUUGGAUUGGAAAUUAGGACUCGUUUCCCUGGUUUGCUACAUCCUCUUUGCUACUCUGUCUAUCCUAUAUGAGCUGGGGAUUAUUGGAAAUAAUCCUUUAAGACUGUGCAGCGACUGAGAAAUGACCCUCUCCAGGACCAAAGCCAUGUUUACCAAGACACUUGAGAAAAUAUUUCAAACAUGUUUCAACUCGUGCAUCCUCACAAUUAAAUCUGCUGUGCCAUGAAGCAUGGUCCGCUUUGUAUUGUCUCAGGAAGAGGGUGACAUGUCAACGUACCAAAGAUCACUUUGUUGGUGUAAACGUUCAAUUGGUUUACCACCACGAUGUGAAACUUUCUCCAGUAGUCAGCUUUGAGAUGUCUUAUUUAAAACUUCAAAAAUGGGAAAUAUAUUGCGACCGGAGUGAGCUCUCCAUCCAGAAAGAAAUAAAAGAAUGAUGUUGACUGA